AUGCACAACGACUUCGCCGGAAAUACAGCCUCCCAGACCCCAAAGCCUCAGAGCUCAGCUAAGGCCAGCCCAACUAAGGCCAAGACUGCAGUGCAGACGACUCUUGGAGGGAAGGGGACAGACAGCUCAGAGGACUCUGAGAGUGAGGAGCCACCGCCACAAAAAAGCCCUGCAACGCCCAAAGCCUAUCAUGUUCCAGCUGCAAAGAUCAUGGCCGAGUCAGAGGUCACGCCAUCGACCCCAACCAAGGCCAAGUUAACAACCACUUCCACGCCUAAAUCUGGGGCCUCCAGCAAUACCACUGAUACGUCUUCAGACAGGAAAGAGGCAACAACAGUGAAAACACCAGUGGCGCCAACACCAAGGACGCCAACACCAGUGACGCCAAUCAGUAAACCAACAGCCAAGACGAAAGCUACUCCAACUAAAGCAGUGAUUGUUGCUACUCCAAGCAAGGCCAAGGCAACAACUGCCACRCCUACAUCUACAGCAUCCGACUCAUCCAGCUGCAGUAGUGAAUCGUCAGAUAGCGAUGAGGAGAGUCCAGCGGUGAAAACACAGACAGCGCCAGUGAAGCAACAGACAGCAACACCAACAGCCAAGAUGAAAGCCACCCCAGUUAAACCAGUGGUUGCUGCUACCCCAAACAAGACCUCRGCUAGUAAGGAGUCCAGUGACAGCAUUGAUUUUUCAUCAGACAGCAACGAGAAGUCUCAGCAACGCUGCCACGCCGAAAGCUACACCAGUGGCGCAACAGAAAGCAACACAACAGUCAAGACGAAAGCCCCUCCGAGAACUCGAGUUAAACCAGUGGUUGCUGCCACUCCAAGCAAGACCCCAGCUAGUAAGGAGUCCAGUGACAGCAUUGAUUCAUCAUCAGACAGCGAAAAGGACAGUCCAGCAACGACGACAACCUCGAACACACAAACGACACCAGUGACGCCAGCGAAACGAGCCAAACUGAAAGCAACGUCGAAAGCCAAGACGAAAGCCACUCCAGCUAAGCCAGUGGUUGCUGCUACCCCAAGCAAGGCCCAGGCAACACCCACUGUCACACCUACAAGUACAGCACCAGAGUCGUCCAAUGACAGCAGUGACUCGCCAUCAGACAUCCCAGAUGAAGCCCCCGCGAAGCAUGCCGAGGUUCAACUUAAGACCCCUGCUUCGGCUAAGAAGGCCCAGAGGGGGGGGGAGGGAAAUAAACCUGCUUCUAAGGACCUACUCCUACUGCUGAGCAGUCUUACUUCACCCGCAGCUAAAGCCAUUGAGAAGAAGAGCGGCCGCAGUGGAGACUCCUCAGUUGAGGAAACUCCAGCUGUUAAAGCAACACCUGCUGUUGCUCCAGCCACAAAUAAAGGAAAGAGGGUGGCUGCAAAAGACAAGAAAGCAACCUCAUCGAAGAAAGCACAAGCCUCAGCUCCAUCAGCCAAGAGGAAAAGAGGUGAAGACAAACCAGGGGACACGCCCGUUAAAGGCAAAAAGAAGAAGCCCUCCCCUGAGACUCUCAUGGCUGCCCUGCCUCUGACCGUUCUUGGUCCUCCUCCUACAGGGGGAGACGACUCUGGCUCGGACUCUGACACAGAUCUGGAUGUGGAGAAGUGGAAGAGACUGGCACUGGACCUAUCAGACACAAGCAUCGCCAAAAUGGACGCCAUCACUGCGCUGAACGCUCCACCUGCUCCCACCUCACCUGCCGCAGCAGCGAAGAAAACAAGAGCACCGAGGAAGCCCAAGGCUAAAGCUGCAUCGAAGACACCUAAACUCAAGGCURGCACUGCAGUGGAAAAGUCUAGUGCUGCUGAAAAGGUCAAGACUACAGCUGAAAAGGGAGAUGGGAAUGGGAAGACCAAGACAACUGCAAAAGCUAGUAAAACCAAGUCCAGUCAGGCUAAGAAGGCAGCACCUCCCACCCCAUCAGUUAAAACAUCUCCCACCCCAUCCCCUGAAGGCCAAGCAGAGAUCAACAAUAAUACUGCCGACCUUACGACCGUGGCAGACAAACAGCCACCCACCAUGCCUGCUACCCCAACACCUAAUGGAAAUCCGUCAGCCACGAAGAGGAAAAAUAGGAACAGUAAGACUAAAGCAGAUGACAAUUCACCACAACCCCAAAAGAAGAAAAGGGAAACUGAUGAAAAGAAAAAUGAGACUGUAGAAGAGAAGGAAAAGAAGAAGACGACUAAGGAGAAUGGUGCGAAAAAGGAGAAGGGAACGAAGAAGAAACAGGAGGAGAUAAGAAAGGAGAAUGAGACUAAGAUGGAACUGGAAAAGGAUAAAAAGAAGAAGAAGAAGAAGAAAACGAAUGAUAACUCUGUUGACAAGGAACCACCACCUCCAUCCACCACAGUAACACCUGAUCCUCCAACAGAGAAGAAAAAGAUGAAAAAGCUGAAACUCUCAGAGACUGCAGUGCCUGAGAUGCCAGUCACACCUGCCCAAGACUCCAUCCCUGUACAGCACCCUCCAGAGACCCCACCUAAAAAGAAAAAGCAAUCGUCUAAGAGUAAGUAAGGCCUUUAGAGAUGAAGACUAUCUUAAAGGGGCCUCUCAAGUGUAUGUGGACCUGGACGCAUUCUACCUAAAUGGCAGUGGAGCAAUAACGGGUAAAGACUGUCUGUCCACACAAUGGUCUCCCCAGACCAGAUCGACUGGGGAUUUGUUCUAUUUUUUUAUUUUUUUUUACAUUGUAUACUGUAACAAAUUAACUCUUUUCCUGUUUUGCUAAAGUGGAAACAGUGUUUUUUACCCUAUUUGUUUAUCUAUUUUUUUUAACUGUAAGUGCAUGUCCUGUACAGGUUCUAACUGUUUUCCUAUUUGAAGAUGGCAUACUAUGUGAUGUGCUGCAGCUGUUUUUUAUGUUACUGUACAUUUUAAUGACGGUGUUUUCUUGCAUGUUCUUGUGACAGCGAAAAACAGAAUGAUUUAUGGAAAUGUUACGUUUACGACAGUGUCUGCUGCUUUGCCUCACAUGGUGGAUAAGGCUGAUCCAAAGUGGAGGGAAGGAUCAGAGGAACCUCAAUACAGUAAUGAAGCCCAGAGCCAUUGUUUAACCCUUAUACCCUAGUAAUGAAUGCAUAUUAUGAAAAUGAGAGAUACUACUAGGAUUUUUUUUUUUUAAGUUUCACGGUCAGAUGUAUUUACUGUAUCUUUUUCACAAAAUUAAGUCAUUUUUCCACAGUUUGUGUCCAUWUUGUUAGUGGGUUUGAGGUGCCAAAAACUUGUCUUUAAGCACUUUCUCCUUCUGGUGUUGGUGUCUUCUUCAGCGCUUUGAUGAAUUGCUUUCCAGAAGGGACUUUGUGGCAUUUAUAGCUAUGGUAAUUAAUGGCACUGCCAAGGUGGAGAGGUCUAGGGAAAUAUAAAUCAUUGUGAUUGCGGCGGAGCGGUUGCUGGGGCUGAAAGAUUUCUCAGCGAAGGAGUUACCUGCAAUAUUGGCACAAGCUCUCAGGGCCUGCCCAGCUAACAGUGACCUGUCGGUCCACCAGCGUUCUUUGGGUGGCACGCAGUCAGCGGUUUGCCGCGGUCGAGCCUCCGGCGGCAGACCAUCGGCAAGAUGGUCAGCGAUCGCUCAUCCAUCCACUAGCGUUUCUUGAGCGGCAAGCUGCUAUGCUAGGUGGAGGUCUGACCUUCAGUGGAGGAACGUCGGCAUGCGGACCCGUGCGUGCGACCUGCUGUAACACCUUCUCAUAAAUUGAAUAAGUACUGCUACUAUUGCUGAAAACCAUAUUUAAAAAAAUAUAUAUAAUCCACACAGAUUUGACAGUUGAACUGUACCAUUCAACAUUUUCUGGAAAAUGCCCAUUGAAGUUCCACAUUUUGUAAUGGCAAGUUCCACAACUUUUGCGUGUUCUUAAGUACAUAGCUUGCAUACUCACUUUUAACCCAUUCACUAAUCUUGGGCAUUGUGAAGGAGAGUUUGUGAAUAUAGAACAAAAAUGACAGGAAAUGCAUCUUUAUUUUACAACAAUACACACAUUAAGAUUAGGUAUAAGUUAACAAUACUACCUUUAACAUGGCCUUGUGUAACUUUCUGUGAAGUCUUCCUUAACAUUUCAUAAUGGAAACUAUAAACUGUUCUAAACAAGUUUAAAAAAUAUAUAUAUAUGAUACA